AUGUCUCUUUAUUUGCUGGCUCAACUUUCUUAUGGAGUUGCUUUGGUACUUAAGGUUCAGGCCGAUUAUUUGAUUGGUGAUCUUCAAUCAUUGCUUAAUACAAUGGUUUACGUGCCUGUUGAAAAACCGCCACAGCCACAAAGGAAGCGUAGAGCGACUGAAGCUGCUGUUGCAGGCAUGGAGCAGGAAGACUUUGAUGAUGUUCCGAUGGAGACUCCUAAAACUCGCAAAAAACGGCGUACAACUCACGGGACUAGGCCAUCUUUACUUGAUCUUAGCGAUCCUCGCUCUUAUGUUGACCAACAAGUACAUCCUCGUCGAGAGGCAAACGAAUUACAAGAAUUGGACGAAGCUUUUAUGGAUACUGCUGCUGGAGAAGCAUUACCACCUCUUGAUUUUGCUGUAACUGAUGAACAAACUGAAGGGCAUGCUCAACGAAAAGUUUCAGUUGCGUCAUUAUUACAGGACAGAGAAGACAGUUUCCGGGAGAUGGAAAGGGCUUUGGGCAUUGAACCAAUUGAGAGAGCGGAAGAGGAAAUUAACGUUACUAAUGGGCAUGUGGAGCAACGACGUUCUGAAGGAGGACUUCCAUCACGAGAAACUUUAGAGGAUUUGGGGCCAGAAAUGCCUUUGGACGAAACUCGUGAGCCAAUUUAUCGUCAAAGCUUUGAUCAGGCUGAAGAUGCUUCAUUCUUACAGAAUUUUGAUGAACUGCGACUUGAAUUACCUAACUUGGAUUUGGAUAUGCCACCUCCUCGAGGUGUGCCUCACCGUAGACGUCGCCAAGUUGGUUUAUUGGUUGAUGAGCAGACCCAGUUGACUGAUGUAUUUUUUAUUUUUAAAAUAAUAUUUGCUUGUUUUUAA